CUCAGUUGGCAUCCCUGUAGGAGAAUUACCUCCUCGCUACAAGAAAGAGGAAUGGCAGAGAAAGACAUCAAUACAAACGAGGAUUAUAUCGGGGAGAUAAAGGGGGGUAUGCGGCCUUCGAUGAAGCUCAUUGUCAUGGGUAUUGUUAACAAAAGACCCAGGAGCAUAGAGGUGACCCUGUCCAGCGACCCCCCGGAAGAGGACGCAGAGGGCGACGUGGGGUUGCAGGUCAAGGUCAGCUUCAUGGACAAGGCCGUGAUGCGGAACGCUCGUCUGGCAGGAAAGUGGGGUCCCUCUGAAAACACUCUGUCCUACUUCCCCUUUGCUGCCGGGGAGCCAUUCAAGAUGGAGAUAGUGUGUGAGCACCAGCAGUUCCGCAUCCUGGUGGACGGCCAGCCACUGUGUGGCUUCACUCACCGGCUACCUCAACUCGCUUCACUCACCGCCCUGAGGGUGCUGGGAGACCUGCAGCUCACCAAGGUGGCCUGAUCCGGGGGCCUGGAGCCCCAAAGACGAGACGACAGCAAUGGAGGGACACACUGCUGCAGCGAUGAAUGAAUUGUGACUUCUAAUUGAUUCUGGAUGAACACCUGGUUUUCGGUCAUUUGUUAAGACAAGUGCCUUUACUAGAUGACUUAGUGACCUGUUUGCUUUAGUGACUUGAAGAAUUUGACGCUAGCCUGAAUGUAGUGGCUGUAAGCCUGAUGAACUAAGAGGAACCCAGUCUAGGUUGAAUAUAUCUAUAUUGAUGUAUAUUGAUCGUAGAACCCAAUAAGGAAACAUAGGUAUUUGUCUUUAGCCUAUGAUCCUCUUGAAUGUUAUUUUUUAUACAACCAUGUAUGGUUAAUGAAACAUGCUGCAUUCAACAAGGUACAGUAAGGUAAGACAGGAGUGAAGCACACAGCCCUCUAAUGUGAAUGUGUUUAAAAUUCUGCUGUCCUCUUCGAUCUUUCUAAAACAAUCCUGUGUAAAAAUUGGCAACUGAAUUUCAUUGGUUUCUUUAUACUGAAUCAUAAAAAUAAUGUCUUACAUUUGUAUGGCCGGCUCAAUAAUGGUGUCAUUUAAAUUAAACAAAAGUACUGUACAAUAGUGCAUGCCAAUGUUUUUGUAGAUCAUUGUAGUACUGUAUCAACAUGUAACCACUCAAUAUUAGAUCUUGGAGCAUUACGAGAUUCUCGUUGGAUCUCUUUGCUGCAGACAAUGAAGGUUAACACUUCACAAGUCAAUACUUUUUUUUUUAACCCAAAUGUACUGUGGAGAAACAUUUACUUUGGAAUGAAUUGUGAAAAUG